GGGCUCGGUGUUCUUAUCUCACUCGGGCGAUGGGUCUUCAAUCCAUUAGUUUAUUGGGGGUGAACAUGUUGGUUGAUCCACCUACCUCUCUCAACUUCUUUUUCUGCUCCAUCAUCUUCACUUCACUGGGAGCUACCUUUGCAUUGUCUUGCCAUGUCAUUUGGUUCUGGCAACCACACCAUGAGUUGGGUUUUAUUGCAUUUGCUUCUUGUGUUGGUUUUCUCAGCCAAUGCAGUUCUUUGUGGCACACUGGUUAAGUCUAUUCCGGGGUUCGAUGGUGAUCUUCCCUUUAAGCUCUAUACUGGGUAUGUGAGUGUGGGUAAAUCAGAGAUGUUUUACUACUUCAUUGAGUCAGAAGGAAACCCCACAGAAGACCCUUUGUUGCUGUGGUAUAGUGGAGGCCCUGGUUGUUCUGUUUUCAAUGGUCUCAUCUAUGAAAAUGGUCCUCUGGCUUUCAAUUAUACAGCUUAUGAAGGAGGGUUACCAUCCACAUAUUACUACCCAUACUCAUGGACAAGAACUGCAAGUGUAUUGUUUGUGGAUGCACCUGUUGGCACUGGUUUCUCCUAUGCAACUAGUGCGGAUGAAUACCCUUUGUCAGAUUUAAAAGCAGCAGCUCAGGUUACUGGAUUUUUAAGAAAGUGGUUGGAAGAGCACCCACACUUCCUCAAACUAGAGCUAUUUAUUGGGGCUGAUUCAUAUUCAGGCCUAACCGGGACCAUUGCUGUCAAGUACAUAAUAGAUGACAAUGAUGCUGGAGUACUGCCACGACUCAACCUCAAGGGCUAUGUUCUAGGGUGUCCACUAACUGAUCAAACUCUCAAUGGGAAUUCAAAGUACGUUUUUUCUCAUCGGAUGGGGCUUGUAUCAGAUGAACUCUAUGAGGCAGCUAAAGAAAGCUGCAAUUCAAGUUUCUAUGGUGUUACCACGUCAGAUCCAGAAUGCUAUGAGGACAUUCAAUUGAUGGCAAACCAAAUUAAAGACAUAAACAAACUCUGCAUUGUAGAGCCAAAAUGCACGUGGGCUUCCCCAGAUCAAGAUGGAGAAACAGCUCGUAGAUAUUUACAUGAAAAUCCCAAAGAAUUCAUCCGGACACUUCCAAAAGAUCCUGAAUACUAUUGUCGAAACUUCAAUUAUAUGCUAGCUUAUGUAUGGGCAAACGAUGAUGGUGUACGAAAGGCACUUAACGUCAGAGAGGGAUCAUUACUAGAUUGGAAGAGAUGCAAUAAAAGUUUGUCAUACACAAAAGAUGUGGAAAGUGUCAUUGAGUAUCACAAAUAUCUCAGUACCAAGGGAUUACAAGUUCUGAUAUUCAAUGGUGAUCAUGACCUUACAGUCCCAAACACCGCUACAGAACAGUGGAUAAGAGAUUUGGAUUUGCCUGUUGUCAAUGAUUGGAGACCGUGGCUAGUUGAUGGUCAGAUUGCUGGAUACACCAUCAAGUAUUCAAGUAAUGGAUACCGUUUGACUUAUGCAACUGUAAAGGGAGCUGGACACUCGGCUCCAGAAUACAAGCGUAGGGAAUGUUAUAUCAUGUUUGAUAGCUUUAAUAAACAAAGAUACAUUUGGGUUGUAUUGCUUUGUGAAACACCUAAUAAAGUUGUAGGGCUAGCGGAUGAAGUCGAAUACGAUGUAACAAACAUAUAUAUUGAAUCUUCCAAUCUUGCUCUUUGUUGGGUUUGUGGUGCAGUUGUGGACAAUCGAAGUAUGGCACCACUCACUGUGUGUUUGAGUGUGCUUCUCUUAUUGUCAUUGUCCGGCAUUGCCACUUCUCGGACAAUCGUUGAGACUCUACCUGGGUGGAAUGGGACACUUCCCUUCAAACUUGAAACUGGUUACAUUUCUGUGGAUGAUUUGGAUGAGGUGAACCUAUUCUAUUACUUCGUCGAGUCGGAUAGGAACCCAAUUGAAGAUCCUCUUGUGCUUUGGCUAACUGGAGGCCCUGGAUGUUCCGGGUUUUCUGCUUUUGCUUACGAAAUUGGUCCAUUUACUUUUGAUCUACAUUACAAUGGAAGCAUACCCACUAUAGUUAUGAAUCCUUAUUCAUGGACCAAGGUGGCCAACAUAAUCUUUAUAGAUGCACCAGUUGGUGCUGGGUUUUCAUACUCUACAAGCUCAGAAGGGUGGUACACUUCUGAUACAAAACAAGCUGCACAGACCUAUACUUUCCUAAGAAAGUGGCUAUACACACACCCAGAGUAUCAGGGAAAUCAACUGUACGUUGGUGGUGACUCAUAUUCAGGCCUCAUUGUUCCCAUUCUUCUUAAGAACAUAUUAGAAGGUUUAGAGGCUGGGUUAAGGCCAAGAAUGCAACUCCAAGGAUACUUGCUUGGAAACCCAGUUUCAGAUAAUUUCAUUGAUGUAAAUAUGAGAAUCCCAUAUGUUCACCGAGUUUCACUCAUUUCAGAUGAAAUCUAUCAGGCUGCCAAAUCUAAUUGCAGUGAGGACUAUGUCAAUUACGAACUCAACAAUACACUUUGUGUUACUGCUCUUCAGAAAAUUAAAGAUUGUCUUCUACAAAUAAAUCUUGCACAAAUUUUGGAACCCCAAUGUGCUUUUGCAUCUGGUAAAACAACUGAGUUGGAAUUUGAUCUUAGAGCUAGAGAAGCAAGUACUAUGGAUUACCUCCUUUCCGAGUCUAAGCUACCCGAAUUGCACUGCCGGGGAUACACAUAUGUUCUUGCCUACAGGUGGAUGAACGAUGAAACAGUUCGGGCAGCUCUAGGUGUUCGAAAUGGAACUGUAGAGAACUGGGUACGAUGCCCCAAGGCCUUGACAUACUACACGGAAGAAAUCACAAGCUCUCUUGCGUAUCAGAAAAAUCUAUCGGAAACUGGUCUUCGAGCUUUGAUAUACAGCGGUGAUCAUGACAUAUCAGUUCCCUGGAUUGCUACACAAUACUGGAUCAAAGCUCUUGAUGUAGCUGUUUUUGAUGAAUGGCGACCGUGGUAUGUCAAUGGUCAAAUUGCAGGAUACCAAGUGAAGUUCAUGAAUGACAACUUCAGGUUGACCUACGUGACUGUAAAGGGUGCUGGUCACACUGCUCCAGAGUACAAACACAAGGAAACGCUUGCCAUGUUUGACAGAUUUUUAGCUCGUUACCCGAUCUAGUUGAUCAUAUUGUCAUAAAUCCAUGAUCACUCGGUAUCUACUCUGAAUAAUUUGUUCUAGUUUCAUUUUGUGUAGUAAGAGCAUUGAUUUUUUUCUUCUUCUCUUGUAUUGUAAUAAAUCUCAGUGUCCUACUUCAUCAUAAGUGUACUCGGUACAAAGACCAUACAAAUUUUGUGAGAAAUAUAAUGUAAAUUAGUAUUAUACACA